AGGAAGGCCGAAGGCCGCGUAUUUUGCUGGCUAAAUUGGGCCAAGACGGCCACGAUCGCGGUGCAAAGGUAGUGGCCUCCGGGUUUUCUGAUCUCGGGUUCGACGUGGAUGUCGGUCCACUUUUCUCAACUCCGGCUGAAGCAGCCCAACAAGCAGUGGACGCUGACGUACACGCCGUGGGAGUGAGCAGUUUGGCAGCCGGUCACAAAACUCUUGUUCCUGAGCUUGUAAAAGAACUGGCUAAAUUGGAUGGCAAAGACAUUGUGGUCAUAGUAGGUGGUGUGGUUCCACCUCAAGACUAUGAUUUCCUAUAUGAACACGGUGCCUCGUGUAUUUUUGGACCAGGGACAAGAAUUACAGAUUCAGCAUCUCAAGUGCUGGAUGCCAUAAUCAAACGGCAACGAACUCUGAAAGCUGAAUCGGCGAAUUAGUCACCUAAUUACUAUUGUCAACACAUCAUCUUUCGCCAUGUGCCUUCCGAACUGCUGAAACUCAAUGUUCGCUGUACUCAAAAAGUUUAGUUGCUAUGCGACCUAAUUUUCUAGCAUCACGAUCUUUCGUUUUGUUCAUCCAUUACCCUCCCAACUCCCAACAUCUGCAUUUUGGAAAUAGUUAACCACAUAAACCCAUACAUUACACACUUCCUCUUCAUCACAUCUAUCACCGCCAUUUAACCGUUUCCCCUAGGGUAAUAAUUAGUUGAGGAACACGGCACUUGCAUUCCUUGACUUAGCGUCCUACAGGCGAUUAAAG